AUGCAUGUCGAAGACGCAGACACUCCGUUACUGAAGACGUGGAUUGUCAAGAGACUCGAAGACAUCUCUGACGCCGAUUCCGACGUUCUUGCCGAUUACGUCCUCGCGCUCGUAAAGUCCGAAGACCCAGAUGAGCAGGUAAAGAGCAACAGCUUGGAGAACCUCGAGGACUUUCUGCACAACCAUACUGCCUCGUUUGUCGACGACGUUAUAAGCGCUGUCCACACGAAAUCCUUCAUUCCGGGUCACGGUGCGCCUCAGGUUCUUCAGGCUACCGCGCCUCCGUUUAAUCCGCCUAGUGGUCCAGCCAACGGAAACCGUCGGCCGAGCGCGCAAUUUCAGAAUGGCUUGUAUAACGGCGGGGCAGAUCAGUCGCGCAAGCGGACAUGGGGUGAUCGCGCGGGCAGCGAGCAGCGCGACGGUCAAGACUCGCAUUACGGGCGCGGCGCUGGCGGAGAAAGGGCAAUGAAACAGAUGCGCCGAGGAGGUCACCAGGGUGGUGGGCGCGGAGGACGAUUCGGUCAAGAGAUGAACAUUCCCGGCUUGUCAGGCGUUGGGCAAGGAUCAAUGCCGUCAAUGCAGAACAUGCCUCCGAUGCCCACCCCGCCACCCGGUUUCCCACCGAUCGACCCGAACAACCCAUUGAGCGCCAUGCUUGCCAUGCAAGCCAUGGGUGGAUUCCCACCGAUGCCUGGCAUGCCUCAGCUCCCCAUGGCCGGAUCGCCGCCAAGCUUUGGGCAGGGUCCGUCGAGAUUCCCGCAGGCUGGCUCUCCACCGCCCAAGAGGGUUGGGGAAAGAUGUCGCGACUAUGAUACGAAAGGCUUCUGCGCGCUCGGCAGCGUCUGCCCAUAUGAGCAUGGUGACAAUCCCAUAAUUGUACCGGCAGAUGGUGCGAAAAAAUCCCCUUUCCCCGACCUACCACAGCCCGCCAGGCGCGGCACCAUCGAGAUAGCUAACCCGGAAACUGCAGAGUACGACCCCAAGAACGCCUCUAUUGACACUCAUCGCAAUACGAAUGGCCACCACGGACAUGAGCGUCCUCAUCAUGAAAGAGGCCGCGGUGGUAGAGGGCGUGGACGUGGAGACGGUGGACGUCGUGGUGGACGCGCAGCCUUUUCUUCAGCCGGCCCUAACCACGACCGUUCUAUUACCGCGAUUGUUGUCGAGCAGAUACCCGAAGACAAGUUUUCGGAAGAAGCUGUUCGGGAAUUCUUCUCGGAAUUUGGAAAUAUCGAAGAAAUCACGAUGCAGGCCUACAAGCGCCUGGCCAUCGUCAAGUUUGAUGAUUACUGGGCGGCGCGUCGUGCAUAUGACAGCCCGAAAGUCAUAUUCGAUAACCGGUUCGUGAAGGUCUAUUGGUAUAAGCCGGAGACUAUGGGCCCGGACGCAAAUGGCAGGCAGGGCAGUGAAAGCGCCAAGAAGGACGAGGAAAUGAUUGACAUGGCCGAGGUGGAAAGGAAACAGGCAGAAGCACAAAAAGCGCACGAGGAAAAGCAGAAGAAGCUCAAAGAAGCGGAAACGCAAAAGGCAGAGUUGGCGGAGAAGCUCAAGGCGCAAGCCGAAGAACGGAAGAAGCUGUUGGAAAAACUGGCCGCGAAAACCGCAGCAAAGGGACCUUCAGAUGCUCCUGCUGUCGACGAAGCGAUGACCGAUGCAGGCGAAGGCGCGAACGGCACCGCAGAAGGGGAAAAGAAGAGUGCGCUGACGGAGAGCUUGAAGCUGAAGCUCGCACAACUGGAGGCCGAGGCAGAAAGCAUGGGCUUGAAUCCCAACGAAAGCUACGGCUCCAACCCUUACCGUGGGCGCGGUGGACGUGGCGCGCGCGGCGCUUUCCGUGGCCGCGGUGCUUAUGCGCCCAGAGGACGUGGUUUCGACGCCUACCGGGGAUCUUACCGUGGCCGUGGUGGCUUCACGGGCGCGCCUUAUGGCGGCGCAAGAGGCGGCGCUGUGAAGAGGUUAGAUAACCGGCCGAGGAGGAUUGUGGUGUCGCUUCCUGGCGAAGAUGGCGAGUGGACGACGGACAAAGACGAGGCACUUAGGAGUUAUCUUUUUAACAACUUCGAGUUCGAGAGCGUCGAGCCGCAUGAGGAGCACAAGAACGCGCAAAUCGUUGCCUUCAAGGAGCGCUACGUCGCCGAGAACUUCAUAACGCAAUCCACGAACAUCCCCACGGUAGGCAAAGUCGACCUCUCAUGGGCCCCCAACCCGCCCCUCCCGCUUCCGUCCACAGCCGCACCGGGCUCCGAUGCCGCGCACAAGGCCGGCGACGCCGACGUGUCGAUGGGCGAUUCCACUACCGCGCCCUCAGAGACCAAGCACGGCGAGGCCGCAGACAUGGAGUACGACGUUGCGGACGACGACGAGCGCUGGAUGGCUGCUUAG